AUGGAGGAGUGGGAGUAUAUAGAGGAACACAGGGGUCUGUACAAGGACGUGAUGAUGGAGAAUCACCAGGCAUUGAAGAUGGAUAUGACAGAGAGGAUAAUAAAUCUCUUCCUGGACAUCAUCUGUGUGCUGACUGGAGAGGGUGAAGAUCUUAUUGAUGUUAAAGUAGAAGAUAUAAAAGUAGAUGAGCAGACGCAUGUGAUGGGUGAUCAGCAGUGUAAGGAGGAGGAAAUCCCUACAGAUAUCAGCACAGACUCCUCUAAAGAUCCAUCUACUGAUAUAAAGGAGGAAUCAGUCUCAUGUGAUGGAGACCUCACACAUACUGACAUGUAUACAGCCGCAGAUCAUACACAGAAAAUAUCUACUCAUAUAAAAAGCAACUGCAUUACAAAUGCGUCUUGCUCUGGAUGUGAAAAAUGUUUUACUCUUAAUUCAGACCUUGUUAUACAUCAGAGGAGUCACACAGGAGAGCCACCAUAUUCCUGCUCAGAAUGUGGGAAAGGGUUUAGAAGUAAUUCAGAACUUCUUGUACAUCAGAUGAUUCAUACAGAUGAAAAACUGUUUUCUUGCUCAGAAUGUGGGAAAUGUUUUAAAGUAAAUUCACAUCUUGUUAGACAUCAGAUGAUUCAUACAGGAGCAUACCCAUAUUCCUGCUCUGAAUGUAAGAAAUGUUUUAGAUGUAAAUCAGAACUUGUUAUACAUCAGAGAAGUCACACAGGUGAGAGGCCAUAUUCCUGCUCUGAAUGUGAGAAAUGUUUUACAGUGAAAUCAGAACUUGUUAUACAUCAGAGAAGUCACACAGGUGAGAGGCCAUAUUCCUGCUCUGAAUGUGAGAAAUGUUUUACAGUGAAAUCAGAACUUUUUCGACAUCAGAGACGUCACACAGGUGAGAGACCAUAUUCUUGCUCUGAAUGUGGAAAUGGGUUUAGAAAUAAUUCAGAACUUGUUGAACAUCAGAGAAGCCAUACCGGAGAGAAACCAUUUUCCUGCUCUGCUUGUGGGAAAUCUUUUACACGGAAAUCAGAUCUUGUUCAACAUCAGAAAAGUCACACGGGGCAGAGACCAUAUUCCUGCUCUGAGUGUGGGAAAUGUUUUACACGUCAUCCACAUCUUGUUAGACAUCAGAGUCUUCACACCGGAGAGAGACCGUAUUCUUGCUCGGAAUGUGGGAAAUGCUUUAUACGUAAUUCUCAACUUGUUGUACAUCAGAGACUUCACACCGGAGAGAGACCAUAUUCCUGCUCAGAAUGUGGGGAAGGGUAUAGAAGUUUUCCAGAGCUUGUUAGGCAUCAGAGAUUUCAUACAGGUGAGAGACCGUUUUCUUGCUCAGAAUGUGGGAAAGGGUUUGAAGAAAAGUCUCUACUUGUUAGACAUCAGAUGAUUCACACAGGAGCAUACCCAUAUUCCUGCUCUGAAUGUGAGAGAGGUUUUUCAAUUAAAUCAGAAUUUGUUAGACAUCGGAGAAGUCACACAGGUGAGAGCCUGUUUUCUUGCUUAGAAUGUGGGAAAGGGUUUGAAGUAAAGUCUCUACUUGUUAGACAUCAGAUGAUUCACACAGGAGCAUACCCAUAUUCCUGCUCUGAAUGUGAGAGAGGUUUUUCAAUUAAAUCAGAACUUGUUAGACAUCAGAGACGUCACACAGGAGAAAGACCGUAUUCUUGCUUGGAAUGUGGGAAAGGGUUUAAAAGUAAUGCAGAACUUGUUAUACAUCAGAGACGUCACACCGGAGAGAGACCGUAUUCUUGCUCUGAAUGCGGGAAAUGCUUUACAUGCAAUUCAGAACUUACUAAACAUCAGAAAAGUCACACAAGAGUGAACCCAUGA